UUGGACAAAAUGAAUGUCAUCCCACACUGCCACCUAGACAGGUCACAUAACAGGUGAUCCAGGUAGAAGCUUGAAAAAGUAGCAUUGGCAAAUAUUUGGAGUCUGCACUCCAACCUUCGACUGUUCUCAAUCCUAAAACACUGUGUAUGUACAGUAGUAUAAAUAGAAUCCAUUGGUCUCUUGGCUAUUUCUUGAAAUUAUUGUACUUAUUGGUUGUGUGAAAAGAAGAAACCUGUUCUAGUAAAAAUUUGGCAUGGCUCUAUCAUUUUUGCUUCGGAAUCAAAUGUCAUCCAAAGGAUGCAUUUUCAAAGUGUCGGACUUGGUCAGCAAGCAGGCUUUGAAAACAUGCAGUUUUGGGACUUUACAUCAACAUACAGCUGUGACCAAGAAAAAUGAACAAGUUAGCUUGCUACAUAAUGUAAAGGUGUCGGAUUUGUGUAGCAGCCAAAUGCGACCAUUCUCGACGAGCAACCGAUUGUUUUCGGGCAAGGACAGCGAUCACUCGGCACUGUGGGGCGCCGAAAGGGUGGCUUCCGCAGCACUCCUGGGGCUCAUUCCGGCCAUAUUCUUUGUGCCGUCCCAAACGCUCGAAACUCUGACGGCCGUCAUCACGGUUAUGCAUUGUCAUUGGGGCUUGGAAGCCAUCUUUGUCGACUACAUUAGAGAAAAGUUGUUCGGCCCAGUGUGGCCCAAGGUGAGCAUAGUCUUCUGUUACCUGCUGUCGAUAUUCAUGUUGGCCGGCCUUCUCAAUAUCAUCUUCAACGACACAGGACUCGCCAACACACUCAGACUAUUCUGGAAGUUGUAAACUGUAACUUAUUGCUGUAGAGUUAGUUCUGAUCUGAGUUCACAACGUUUUUUCAUUAACUGGCUGCAAGCUAUCAUAUAUUUCAUUACGAUAUUCUGCCAUAAGUAUUAUGUUAUUGUAAAUAAAGUGGAUAUGGAGUAACUGUCAA